AAAAAAAGAAGACUGUAUGAGAUAUCUAGUGUCAAUAUUCAUUUGUCAAACUGCAAACUGCCAAAAAGAAAAAUCAACAAUUUUGAAGAACUGAAGAAUCUCAUUUCAACAACAGAAAUUCGAAUCCUGUGAUAGUUAUAUUGGAGAUUUCUCAGCUUUUGUCCUUUUGUUAACACAAGUUUAUGUAAAUAAACGUAGAUUCGAUAACAGGACAAAGGAAGAAAAAAUUCGUGUUAGCAGAAAAAUAGAUUGGUCACAACAUUAAAAUGGCAUUAAUUGUCGAAAAUAAAAAGAUCCUUGAAUUUUUGGAGCUUGUAGGUCGUCUGAAGCAUGUGAAAAGAACAGGCUGGGUUAUUUGUGAUAUUGAAGACUGCGAGUCGAUAGCUGGCCACAUGUAUCGAAUGGGGUUGAUGACUUUUCUCCUUACAGAAGAAAACAACCCUACAAAGCUUGAUCGCUUUAGAUGUCUGCAAAUCGCUCUAAUACAUGACCUGGCUGAAUGUAUAGUGGGUGACCUCACACCACACUGUGGGGUAUCUCCUGAAGAAAAGCAUAGAAGGGAAGAUGAAGCUAUGAAAACUAUUGCUGAACUUACUGGAAUAGCUGGGGAUAGGAUGUAUGACUUAUAUAAGGAGUAUGAAAAUCAAAGUUCACCAGAGGCCAAGUUUGCAAAGGACCUUGACCGCUAUGAUAUGAUUCUCCAAGCUUUUGAAUAUGAAAAACGUGAAGGUGCACCGAAAAAACUAGAAGAAUUCUUCCAAGCUACAUAUGGUAAAUUUAACCAUCCUUUUAUCCAAGGCCUAGCUACGGAGCUUUAUAGACAAAGGGAGGAAUUUGAAAAGAAAACCCUUGUAAAUGGUGGGAGUACAUAAUUUUUUAUACUUCUACACUUAUGAUAGUACUUAAUAUGGUUUGCGUUCCAAAUGCAAUAUCAAAGGUUAAAAGUAGAUAGAGGCUAAUCAUUUAUUAAAUAUCUUUCUUAUAUAUUAUCUAUCAUCGGUGCUUAGGAAAAAAUAAAACAUAAUUCAUAUGCACAUGCAUAUUUUGAUUUAAAGACAUCUCAAGGUUGUAUUCGUAAAUUAAAUAAAUCAAUGCAAUAAUGCCUGUUGUUUUUGCUAUUCCAUUCAAAAUGUUCAUAAAAACACUUCUUUAACAUUUAACAAAUAACUCAUUCAACCACAAUUAUAACAUUAAAUUUGAAUUUUAGUGAACAUUUUGGAUGUUAAAGUAAACUAAAAGACCGAAUAUACUUAAAAAUGGUUUCCAAUGGCUUCUGAUUUUAAAGUACAAAAUGUUUUACAUAGAUAAUAAAUGAAAAGCCUUUUAAUUGUUAAGUGUUGUCAGCGUUGAGCUCUGAUGGCAUUGCAACAAUAAAUAUAAGUUGUAUCAUAUAUACUGCCACUAAGUAAAAAUAAUAGUAUUUUAUUUAAUAUUCCUUAUAAAUUAUAAUUUUGAAACUUCUUAAGUUAUUUAGUCUUAGGCUAAAUUUGUAACCUACAAAAAGUACAGCCAUUGUAAUAGGCCAGUCAACACUACAUAUUCAAGCUGUGUUAAUCAUUACAGUAGGGCUAGCACAGGAAGGUGACAAAAAUUAUGUCCCCCGAUUAUAUCCCCGGACAAGUAAUAUAAAUAGUGCCUACCUGCUAAGCAGAGAAUAGGAGAAGUUUACCCCCGUAUUUAUACACAUAUAUUUUUUGGAUAUUAUUUCCACUUGCUCUGAGAGUUGAUAUAGUUGUAGGAGAAGAUAAAUUUUUAUCCUUUCCCCGGGAGAUAAUUGUCUGGCAGAAGCCUGUGCUAGCUAAAGUGAAAAGUGCUUCUUCAAUAACAGUUAUUUUUGUGUAGAAUUUUUCAAAUUAAUAUGACUUGACUUAAUUUAGCAAAAGUUAUUAUUGAAAAUUCUUAUACUUAUCCAAUCUUUAACAAAGAAUACCUAUAUAUUUUAUAGGAAGUCCUUUUUGUAACAUUUCAAGAGUAGUCAUUUAAAAUGGCUAUGGUAUGGUAUACUUACUGUAAGUUUUUUAUUAUUGUUCUGUUACACACCAAUGAACAAAUUAGUUUAUUUAGCAGAUAACAUAAAAAACCUAAGACAAUUUUCCUUUAUGUUUAAGAAACAUCCUUCAUAUUACCUUAGAGUAAACACAUUGCUUAAUAUGUAUACUCUCAGGUCUGUGAUCCUGUGAUUUAUUAUUAUAUUUUUGAAAUUUUUAUUGAUUUGUAUGUAGCCGGCAAGCAUAGACUGUUUGUUUGAGGGAAUCUCCUGGCACUAAAAAAUUGUAGCAGUUUUUUUUUUGUUGUACAAACGGCUCUUAAACACAUCCUUGGUUAAUUGUACCAAUUUUGUUAAGCACAAAACAAUAUCGUAUCUAGAAAUUAUCAAAUUGUCUAAACAGAAAAUAUUAAAAAAAAUGUGCCCAGUUAAAUUAGUUUUUUUUCUCUAGAAUGAUGUCAGUUAUGUUGUUGAUUGUUUAAUAAUAAUUUUAUAUGAUAGCAAAUAACGUUAUUAUUUUUAAACUAAUGGAUUCAAAAUCUAUGACAAUAUAAAGUCGCCCAUGCACGAUUUUGGUAUGUCUCCGCUGCAGUUUGUUCUACAAAAUCAUUAAGGCUCUGAAUAAAAGUGUGCAAAUGCUGCAACGUGACUUUCAGCUGUCUGGAUAUACUUAUACCCGUAUAGCUGCGGAAUCCAGUUGGUGUAAAGUAAGCGACCGUACCAUGACACAACAAAACCAGUAUUUUUUGUUUGGUUUUACCCCAAUGUGUGUUAAUAAUAACGAAUUGCCACACCAACGUUCAGUAUUUAGUUUUUAUUACCAAUAUAUCAAAACCGACUGUAUUUAUAUCAUUAAAACAAUUGUAAACUUAACCAUGUAUCAGCGUUUUACCUGCAAUGAUAUUCUGUUUUAUAUUUAAACCUAAACAUUUCUAUUGAACAGUGGAAAAUGAAAAAAAAUCGAGUCCUGUCAACUUCGUUUUGAAUAAAGGAUGAAGACGGGUGUGAUAAAAAUGCGUUUGUCAUAGUUUGAUAUAUUUGAUAGUCUACAUUUUGUGCAGCCGGUGUUCCAUAUGAACGAACAGUCGUAAUUACAAAUAAGAUAGUUCGUAUAAUUUGUAUUAAAUAACUUUGUUGACUCA